UAGCAACAUGGUGGUCGACCCAUUGCUUCUGUUUCUCACAGUGUUGGCUGCUUGGUCGUUGCAAGAGACCGUCACUCUGGGAAGUCAUACAGCUCGGACCAUUCCUGGUUCGGCCGGCAACGUCAGCAAGAAUGACCCUGGGGUCCAAAAGGCAGUGCUGAGCGGCACCUACGCCUUCAACAACAAGUCAAAUGAUAUAUUCCUUUUCAAGUCUUUGGCCAUUGAUAAGGCAGAGAGACAGGUUGUGAAGGGCAUCAAGUACAUCCUGGAGGUGGAGAUUUCACGCACCGUUUGCCGAAAGACUGCAAGCAACCCCGACCUGAGCAACUGUCACUUUCAGCCAAAAGGAAAGCUACAUCAGAUCUUCCACUGUCACUUCGAAGUGUGGUCCCUUCCAUGGCUGAAAUGGAUGAACACCACCUUCUUCGUCUGCCAUCCUUGAGUGCUCAGCGGAACGGGAGCAGCAGUGUGCCGAAGGCCUUCCCACUUCCGAUUCUGCACACGUACCACACAAAGUUGCCACCACGCUUGACCAUCUAGCACAUACAUCACUUCCUUAUCGUGCACAUCACAUACAAUAAAGGCAGGUGUUGGUGACUGUCAGUGGUGUUAUGAAAUGACUUCAAAAAAUAUGGCCAUACUGAGGUAAACGCCAUAAAACGACACUGGACAUGAAUUUGAGAGAGGUGCUUUAUUCAGAGAGGGUUCAUUUAGCCCGUUGCAACAAAAUACAAUGAUUCAUUUAAAAUUACAUUCCAGGACAUAUUGGAAGGUGCACAUUAACAUGGUAUGUCUACCAGCUCUGAACAGGCUGAAUCAAACCACAUGCAUCGAACACCUAGUCUUUUUUUUACACACAUAGGCAGCAAACUGUUUUCUCAGUUCAUGGCAGGCAGCAGUUCUGUUUACUAAAGAGGAGACGUUGGAACAGUUCAAUUCAUACAGCAAGUGUCUUGUAAAUAU